CACCACCCAGUGGCUAUGGUUGGCAGCAGUGUUCGCGUUAAUUAUGAGCGGGGAAAUAGUGUCGCGUAUGGGAAGCAGCACGGUUGGCUGAAGCGUUCGUCGAGCGCUAACGUUUGCAUCUCCAUACCGGAUGAGCUGGUGAUGACCCCGGCAGCCGAGAGCUCCACUGUUAUCGACAUGACGGGUGAACAGAAGGGCACGGUGCUGGUGACCGGCGGUGCCGGUUACAUCGGUUCCCACACGGUCGUUUCGCUGCUCGAGGCCGGCUACGGUGUGGUGGCGCUGGACAACUUCACCAACUCCGUCAACUCGGCCAAGAACGAGUCGGUCGCGCUGAAGCGCGUCGAGGAAAUUACCGGCAGGAAGGUACACUUCUAUCGCUGCGACCUGCUGGACAAGGAUGCGGUCGAGCGCAUCUUCAAGGCGCACCGCAUCGAUUCGGUAAUACACUUCGCGGCGCUGAAAGCGGUCGGCGAAUCGAUGACGAACCCGCUGCUGUACUACAAGAACAACAUGAUCGGCAUGAUCAAUCUGCUCGAGGUGAUGGACAGUCUCGGCAUUUACAAGAUGGUGUUCUCGAGCUCGUGCACGGUGUACGGCGAGCCGGAGCGGUUGCCAAUCACGGAGGAAAACCCCACCGGCAACGUGACGAACGUGUACGGCCGCACCAAGUACUUCAUCGAGGAGAUGCUGAAGGAUGCGGUGCGGGCGGAUCCGAAGUGGAACAUUAUAGCGCUGCGCUACUUUAACCCGGUCGGGGCACACAAAUCGGGCCGCAUCGGGGAGGAUCCGACGAAGCAGUUCACCAAUCUGAUGCCGUACAUUAGCCAGGUCGCGAUCGGGAAGAAGGAUGUGCUGACGAUCUUUGGCAAUGAUUACGAUACGCCCGAUGGGACGGGUGUGCGGGACUAUGUGCACGUGAUGGAUCUGGCCAGUGGGCAUGUGGCGGCACUGCACAAGCUCGACCAGGAGCAUCUCGGGUUGAAGAUGUACAAUCUUGGCACCGGCAAAGGAAUAUCCGUCAUGGAGCUUAUACAAACCUUCGAGCGGGUGAACAAGGUCAAGAUUCCGUACGUGAUUCAGGAACGGCGUGCCGGGGAUAUUUCGUCCAUGUACGCCAAUGCGACGCUUGCCGAGAAGGAGCUUGGCUGGAAAGCCGUUCACAGUGUCGAUGAGAUGUGUGAAGACUUUUGGCGAUGGCAAACGAUGAACCCGAACGGCUACAAAACGGAGCAAGCUAAUGGGCACCAUUAGGGACGGGUCUGUUCCGGCCGGUGCUGCUUAUUGACAGGUUUUAUCGUAUUUAUUCAAAUGCAACGCGCCGCCUUCUUCCAUGGCCAGUUCGUACAGGCGUUUGUUUUGCAGUUUUAACACUUCCAUUCCAUACGAGGUGCAGCCUGGGUAGAGGCUGCGUGCGAAUAGUUCUAAACAGGUGGCUCCGGGCGGUACAAAUUUCGAUGUGAAUAAAUCUGCAAUCGAAAGCCGUGGAGAGACCAAUUAUAUCGUAA